AUGCAGCACCAUGUGGAGUACUCGAGUCAAGCGGAGUCGUUUCUAAAUGGAUCUAACGCCAACUUUCUGGAGAACCAAUACAAGGAUUGGGCGGGGAAAAAAGGUGCCGUUGAUUCUUCCUGGGAUGGAUUUUAUGACAGCUUGUGCGGUCCAGCUCUGUCCAUUGAUGAAGUACAAGAUGAGUUUAGUCCAAAUACAAAAAAACCGAAGUCGUCGGGUAAAAACAAAUCUAUCGACAAAGAGGUGAUCAAACUCCAUCUCGCUGUACAGAAUCUUAUUCGGAGUUAUCAGGCCCGAGGCCAUCUCCUGGCGAAGAUCGACCCGCUGGAGCUGACGUACGGAGCCAAACAGAUAAUGAGGCACACCAACCAGUAUGCGCCGGGGCAGGAGUACCAGAUGGUCUGCAGAGAGCUCGGAACCACAUUAAGGGAUGAACAUAUGGAUAUGGUAUUCGAGCUUCCGGAGAGAACAUUCAUCGGUGGAACAGAAAAUAGCUUACCGUUAAGGGAAAUCGUGGCCCGCCUGCAGCGAGCGUACUGCGGCUCCAUCGGCACGGAGUACAUGCACCUGUACAGCCUGGACUGCGUCAACUUCCUGCGAGAGAAGUUGGAGAAGCCGGGAGCCAUGGACAAGACGAUCGAGGAGAAGAAGCUCAUCCAGCGCCGGCUCACUAAGGCAGUUUUUUUGGAGAAAUACUUCGCGACAAAAUGGCCAGCGGAGAAGCGCUUCGGGCUGGAGGGCGGCGAGAGCAUGAUCGUGAUGCUAGAAGAGAUCGUGGACACCAGCACGCGGCUCGGAGUCAACUCCAUCGUCAUGGCCAUGCAGCAUCGAGGCCGUUUGAAUAUGCUGGUAAACGUUUGUCGCAAGCAGCUUGUCGAUAUCUUUGCUCAAUUCAAACCUAUGGAACCAAAAGAUCCAGGUUCAGGCGACAUCAAGUACCACCUGGGCACGUUCAUCCACCGCUUCAUCCGGCGCACCAACAAGUACAUCAAGGUGUCGAUGAGCUGCAACCCCUCGCACUUGGAGGUGGUGUCGCCGGUGGUGAUUGGCAAAACCAGGGCCGAGCAGUACUGGAGGGGUGACAACAAUGGUGACAAGAUAAUGGCCAUAGUGAUGCACGGCGACGCGGCGUUCUGUGGACAAGGCGUGGUGUACGAGUCGAUACACCUCGGCAACCUGCCAGCGUACACGUCUCACGGCGCCAUUCACAUCGUGUGCAACAACCAGAUCGGAUACACCACCGACCCGAGAUACUCCCGGAGUUCGCCUUAUUGCUCAGAUGUGGCCAAAUGUGUCGACGCUCCAGUACUCCAUGUGAACGGCGAUGACCCGGAGGCAGUAUCGACCGUGGCCCGGAUCGCGAUAGAGUUCCGCUGCAAGUUCAAGAAAGAUAUCGUCUUGGACUUGGUCUGCUACCGGCGCUACGGACACAGCGAGGAAGACGAACCCAUGUUUACGCAGCCGGUCAUGUACAAACUCAUCAGGAAACGAGACACAGUGGACAAAAUGUAUGCGGACAAACUGAGAGCCGAGGGGUCUGUGACAGACGCUGAGAUCAAGGGCUGGGAGAAGGAGUACAUGGACACGAUGGCCGCACAUUUCGAGCUGGCCAAGAAGGUGACCAAGCUGAGCAUCCUCGACUGGAUCGACACGCCAUGGACCGGCUUUUUCCAGGCCACUGACCCUAAAAAGAUUUUAGGGACGGGUAUAACCAAGACGACGCUGAUGCACAUUGCCACGCACUACUGCACUCCCCCGGAGCCCUGGGCCUUCGAACUACACGACGGCUUGAAGAAGAUUCUUGCUAAUCGGGAAAAAAUGGUAAAAGAGGGGAUAGCAGAUUGGGCGAUGGGUGAAACCCUGGCGCUCGGGUCUCUGCUACGAGACAGGGUCCACAUCCGACUGACCGGUGAGGAUGUCGAGCGAGGCACCAAUGCCCACAGACACCACGUGCUCCACCACCAGAGCGUGGACGGCGCUAUACACCGCGUGCUGGAUACUCUAUACCCAGACCAGGAACAGUACCACCUGCACAACAGCUCGCUGUCUGAGUUCGCGAUCCUGGGCUUCGAGACUGGCUAUUCGUACUCCAGCCCGUACUGCCUGGCCAUCUGGGAGGCGCAGUUCGGUGACUUCGCCGACACCGCGCAGCCCAUGUUCGAUACGUUCAUCUCCAACGGCGAGAGCAAGUGGGUCUGCCAGUCGGGGCUCGUCGUGCAACUGCCGCAUGGACUCGAUGGCGCCGGUCCAGAGCACUCCUCAGGGCGAAUAGAGCGGUACCUGAUCGCAUGCGAUUGUGAUGAGGACGCCAUACCCAACUUAGACGACAAGGAGAUGGUUUUGAAGCAGCUCCGAGCGUGUAACUGGAUAAUAGCGCACCCUACGUCUGCGGCCAACUACUUCCACCUACUCCGAAGACAGCUCGCUCUACCCUUCAGGAAGCCGCUCAUCAUCUUCACGCCCAAGUUAGGCCUCAGGCAUCCGCUGUACCGCUCCAAAUUCGAGGAGUUCCUAAUCGGCACCGAGUUCCAAAGAGCUAUCCCAGAAUCAGGACCGGCGUCGCAAAAUCCGAAAGACGUGAAGAAGCUCAUAUUUUGUUCCGGAAAAGUGUAUAUCAUGAUUACGGAUAUUCGAAAGGAGAAGAAGUUAGAAGAUAAAAUCGCCGUUUGUCGUAUUGAGCAGUUGUAUCCUUUCCCUUACGAUAUUGUGUUGAGGGAAGCAUGUAAAUACGACAAGGCUAAAGUGUGUUUCUGUCAAGAGGAGCACAAAAACCAAGGACCCUGGUUGUGGGUGAAAGUCAGGAUAGAAAAUCUGUUGGGGAAGAAAGUCGAAUGUAUCUCGCGGGCGCCGAGCCCAGCAUCUGCCACGGGAAUCAAGUGGAUGUACGCGAAAGAGGUCAAGGAACUCAAAGAGGGAAUUUUAAAGUUAUGAUUUACGACUUGAAGCUUCUAAUACGGAUUUGGUACCAGUUGGAGAAUGGG